AUGAAUAAAGUCCUAAACGUUGCGGAAAAAAAUGAUGCUGCAAAAUCGCUGGCUGAAAUUAUGUCCAGAGGUAGUUACAGAAAAAGGGAGGGUUUUUCCAGAUUUAACAAGAUCUACGAGUUUCCAUAUAGACUUUUUAAUAGGGAUGUGACGAUGACGAUGACGUCAGUGUCUGGUCAUUUGCUCACCUACGAAUUCGUCGGCCAGUAUAAAAAUUGGACAUCAUGCAGUCCUCUGUUAUUAUUCGAAGCUCCAUUGACAAAGUCAUGUCCAGACGAUUACAAGGAUAUCAAAAGGACCUUAGAGAGAGAGUGCAAAAAUGUGGGUACUCUAAUAAUUUGGACGGAUUGCGAUAGGGAGGGUGAGAAUAUUGGCUACGAGAUCAUCAGCCCAAAUUUGAAAGUCUACAGAGCAAAGUUUUCAGAAAUCACACAUCAGGCAAUUACUAGAGCUAUAAAUAACUUGGGAAAUCCGGACGAGAAGACCAGUUUGGCUGUUGAUGUCAGACAGGAGUUGGAUCUUAGGAUAGGUGCUGCUUUCACGCGCUUCCAGACGCUGAGGUUGCAGCGGGUCUUCCCGAGCGUGCUUGCUGAGCAGCUUAUCAGCUACGGCAGCUGUCAGUUCCCCACGCUUGGCUUCGUCGUCGAACGCUUCAAGCAAGUGCAGUCGUUUGUGGCCGAGCCCUUCUGGAAGAUUGAAGUUAUCUGCCAGUCAGAGGAUGGAGAAGUUCAUUUCAAUUGGAAGAGGCAACGCUUAUUUGAUUACAUGGCUUGUAGAGUUCUAUAUGAACAUUGUGUUGAGAAUCCAGAACUGACGAUCACCAACGUAACUAACAAGCCGAAAUCCAAAUGGCGACCUUGCGCUCUCGACACAGUUGAACUGGAGAAAGUUUCAUCUAGAAAGUUAAAAAUAAAUGCCAAAGAAACAAUGAAGAUAGCUGAGAAGUUAUAUACACAAGGAUUCAUAUCCUACCCCAGAACGGAAACGAAUGCCUUCCCAAAGGAUUUCGAUUUGGUGUCUUUGGUCAAUCUCCAAACGCAAGAUCCAAGAUGGGGAGAAUUUUCAACUCGACUGUUGAAUGGGGGUAUCAGCCCGAGGAAUGGUUCGAAAUCCGACCAGGCCCAUCCGCCCAUACAUCCCACCAAGUAUGCCCCCAGUCUGCAGGGCAAUGAGAAAAUAAUUUAUGAAUAUGUGGUCCGCCAUUUUCUGGCCUGCUGCUCUAAGGAUGCCCAGGGCUUCGAAACCAUCGUCGAGGCCGACGUCAGCAACGAGCAGUUUAGUGUCUCGGGCUUGAUGGUAACAGCCAAAAACUAUCUCGAAGUCUACAUAUAUGACAAAUGGAGUGAUAAGACAAUUCCGAAUUUCGUGCCAGGGCAAAAGUGCAUACCCAAGAGUAUCGGCAUGACUCAGUCGGAAACAUCGAGUCCAUCUUUGCUAACGGAGGCUGACCUGAUUGCUCUGAUGGAGAAACACGGAAUUGGUUGUACGGACGCGACACACGCGGAGCACAUUGAAACCAUCAAAUCACGAUUGUAUGUUGGUGUUCGCGACGACGGGAAGUUCGUUCCCGGGGAACUUGGAAUGGGAUUAGUGGAGGGAUACGACGCCAUGGGCUACGAGAUGUCAAAGCCACAUCUGAGGUCCGAACUAGAGGCUGACCUCAAGAGAAUAUGUCUUGGACAAAAAGACAAAGAUGUUGUUCUCCAAGAACAAAUACAUAAGUAUAAAGAGGUAUUCAAAGUUGCCAUACAGCAGGUAAGUGGAAACGAUAGCAACAACAACAGUAAUAAUAAUAAUAACAAUAAUAAUAAUAACAACAAUGGCGACCUGUUUCCUCUUUGCAAAUGUCCAAAAUGCGGCAACGACAUCAUUAUCAGGAGGAAAAGAGAUAAUAAUGGGCUAUUUUUAUCUUGCAUGGGUUUUCCCAACUGCAAGUAUGCCGUGUGGCUUCCGAGCUUCAUAGAUGGAGCUGACGUUCUAGACGAGUAUUGCGAAUCGUGCACCAGCCACGGCCAGCCAAUGAGGAAGCUUCAUUUGCACAUGACGCCAUCUAGCUCCACCCAGCAGUUUGCAGAUGACGAUAAUGGAAAUUUGAAGAUAUGUAUUUCCUGUUGUAGCGAUACUAUCAAAGAAUUUUUGGAAAUUAAUUUCGCCAGAAGUAGUAGUAAUAGUCUUAGUAAUUCUGGGAGUAUUAGUAGUAGUAGUAGUGGUAAUAGGGGUAAUAGUAGUAUUACUGGAGGUAGUCAUAGUAGUAACGGUAGAGGUGCUAGUAGUAGUAUCAGUGGUUUUAGUAGUAGUAGUCAUAACACCACUUCCAACGACAGCGGCUAUCCGAGAUCGUCAUCAUCAUCAUCUUCGUCGAUGACGUCAUCGUCACGCACAACAAAUAAUAAUAAUAAUAAUAAUAAUAGAAAUAAUAAUAAUAGAAAUAAUAAUAAUAAUAGGAAUAAUAAUAGUUUCUUUUCGUCUGGGACUGUGGGCAACAACGGUGAUGACGAUGACGUAUUUCCUUCUUCAUCGUUCGCUCCUCCUACCGGCGCUUCUGAUUGGUCGAACAAUCGAAGCCUCAGCCAAUUACAGACUUCCGGGUUUCUGAGGCCAUCCAAUAGAAAUCAAAUCCCUCUCUGUUCUCAACAGCCAAACAGCAGCAGAACUAACAACAACAACAGCAAUAAUAAUAAAUUUAAUAAUAAUAAAUUCAAUAAUAAUAAUGAUAAAUUUAAUAAUAAUAAUAACAAAGAUGUCGUGUGUUUGUGUGGUGAAGACGCUAGGCUGCUGACAGUCAAAAAAGAAGGGCCUAAUACAGGAAGACAGUUUUACGCGUGCGCCAAACCGCCAGACAGCAAAUGUACCUUCUUCCUAUGGGCCGAUUCAACCGACCAAUCAGAUAGCGGGAAUUUAGGUCACACCACUACUACUGCUACUUCUAAUUUCUCAUUAAAUGGGCCAGGUCGUAAUAAUAAUAAUAGUAAUAAUAAUAAUAGUUAUGGUAAUAGUAAUAGUUUUGGUGGUGGUGAUGAUGAUGAAGAUGGAGGUGCUGUCGUUCAGUGCAAUUGUAACAUUCCUGCUAAGAAACGGACCGUGGUUAAAGAUGGUCCGAAUAAAAGUCGACCGUUCUAUUCAUGCCCCAAACCCAUUGACCAGGGCUGUGGGUUUUUCCAAUGGGCCGAUGGUCGGUUGGUUGGUUGGUUGGUUGGUUGA